CCUAGUUAGAGGUGUAUGCUAACCAUUGUGGAGGUACAUAUGUAGUUAAGGCCAAACUACAUAGCUCGCUCUAUAUUAAUUUGUUUAAUAUUUUUUUUUAUGUUUUUUUAUUUUUUUUAAUGGUUUAUUUAUUACAAAAGGAAGUAGCUUGCCAUUGUAGAGGUUGUAGCUUAAAUCAUGUAGCUUGGGGAAUAAUGAUGUGGUAACCCAAAGCUACAUGUAUAUAUUGCUAGCCAUUAUGGAUGCUAGCCAUUGUAUAUAAUAUAUAUUAAUGCAUUUCUGAAUAAAAAAUUAUGUUUAUUAGUUUACUAAACUGUAUUUUUCAAUGUAUUUUUCAUAGACUUAUUGAAUGAAGAAUUCAAUGUUGAUUAUAUAUCGUAUAGAUCGAUUAAAUUUAUAGGUAAAAUAUUAAGUUUUCACAUCAUAUCCUCAACUAUAUAUAUGUAUCGAACAUCUUACUCAUACUCAUUCCAAUUUAAGCAUCUUUCUCUAUUUCAUACUUAAACAAAAAUCUUGUUAAAAAAAAAAUUAAUAAAAAAAAAGACACUUAAACAAAAAUCUUCCCGUUAAUUUCUUGCUAAGCACACGGUAGUAAUACCAAGUUCCCAACCACAAAUGGCAGCACCGAUAAACAACGUACGAAUUUUUAGAUACUAACUUUGAAUUUAAGUUGUAUUACGUACAUAUGUACUCCCCUUAUGUCUCUUAAAAUUCUUCCUCUAAUUUUGAUUAUUUCUUUGAUUUAACCUUCGUGUUUAUUAUUGUGCGAGGACUGCAGUGGUCCUUCCAGCUUAAAGAUGAUCAAGUCCUGAUUAAUCAUCACGAAAAUUAUGAUUAAUCAUGGAUACAUUGUCGAUGGAAUUGGCUUUGAAAUCAUGGGUUUAGGUGGAAAAACUAUAGAGUGGUUUACAGGCCCCGGUGGAUCACAAUCUGAGGUAUCAUAACAUGUAAUAACAAGUAGAGUCGAGUUUUUUUUUUUUUUGACAAGUUCUAAAAGUAGAGUCGAGUUUGGUACUAAGAGAGAGUGAUUUAAUGCUUUUGUUGUAACACUUAUUUCAUAUCCGAUCUGUUUGAUAAGUACAAUAUUUUAUAAAACGGUCUAUCAUUUUAUUUGAUUUUACUAUGAUAUAAUUGAAGUAAAUAUAUGUAAAUGCAGAUUCCGCUAAGUGUUGGAGAAAAACUCACCCAUAUUAGUGGGACAAGCGGGAUGUACUAUGAGGAGGUAUGCAUCACCACAAUUAGGAUACAUACCACUUUAUGCCCAGAGGGUUAUGGACCAUAUGGUGAGGUCAGGGCGGCCAACAACGUAACGCCUUUCUCAACUCCGCUUCCAUUGGAUGGGUCUAUUGUUGGGUUUCUCGGAUCCAAUGGAGAAUAUUUAAAUUCUAUUGGAAUUUAUAACGCGCGCAAAAUGAUCAAAGAAUAUGGACCAUUUGGUAACAAAGAAAGUUCAACAAAAUGGCACAUUGAGCUUAAUGAUGGUGAGCGAUUUCCCAAAGUAUUUAUCAAACAUGGAUUCAUUGUCGAUGGAGUUGGCUUUGAAGUAUCAAGUCCUAACGGAAAGACCCGCACCCAAAUUUUUGGUGGACCUGGUGGGGACACUAGUGAGGUACUUUUUUUUUUUAAUUGUUACACAUAUAACUUUUUAUGUUAUUUGUGUGUACUACGUUUUGACCAUAUUUACAUUGAUUUGAAUGAAAAAGAAUAUAUAACACAAAUAAGCGGGAAGUAUGGAAAGUACUUAAACGAGAAUAUCAGAAUUUCUACGAUAACGAACCAUACAAAUUUAAAAACAUAUGGACCAUAUGGACGCGGAGAGCAGGUCACAGAAGCUAAGCCUUUCUCAACUCCAGUGCCAUUAGACGGCACUAUUGUUGGUUUUAAUGGAUCCUGUGGAAUUUACCUUAACUCAAUUGGAAUUUCUGAGAAGUACAAGAAGGUUGACACUUACGGGCCAUUUGGACGUGCUUAA